AAAAUAGACCUUGUAGUUACAGAAUUAGUCUUUUACAGUCAUUGCCAUUUUCGAGCAGAGGCCUAAAAAUAGGCUCAGAGUAGAAAAGGUAAAACAUAAAUGCUAAAAUAGAAUAAAUAUAUAAAAUAAAUAAAUGAAGAGUAUUUUAUCUUUUCUUUAUAUAUUUAUACCUAUUUCUACUUUUUCACUGAUUGUGGAAACAAAUGUGUUAAUAAAUGAAUCUUCUAAAGAAGAUACAGGAAAAUAUAAUAGUUGAUAAAUGUAUUGUCUAUUAAUCUGUUUAUGCUAUUUGGCCAAAUAUAGAUGUAUUUAUUUCUGUGUAAUAUAUUGUUUAGUUAUGUGAUUAAUGAAAUGUGUGUGUGGCUCAGUGUCUUACCUGAAGUGACCUCUGGGUGGCAGCUGUUCCAUUGUGUUAAAGCUGGCAGUCUGCCGUUCCUCCGAGCCGCCGCCCUUUUCUUCCACUACCUGAACUCUACAGCGCCACCUGCUGACCUACUGGUUGCAGGUCCUGGUCAGUGGGAGGCGCUGUGCAGCUACCUCAAUCUGCCCUCCAACCUGCUGCAGCUCCACCAGACUCAUAACACACUGCUGGAGCCGUUCAUACACAGGUGGUGUUGUCAUCCAGCUGUGAGACAAACACUACAGGUGGGCGGCGUCAUCGUCAGGUUCCCCAGAGAGUCCAACCGACUGAUCCAACUGCCAGAAGAUUACAGCGUCCUCAUCAACCAGGCGUCCAGCUUCACGUGUCCCAGGUCAGGAGGUGAUAAGUCUCGAGCUCCCACUCUGUGUCUGGUGUGUGGCUCCAUGUUGUGUUCUCAGAGUUACUGCUGUCAGACGGAGGUGGACGGGGAGGACGUAGGAUCCUGCACCGCUCACACCUUCACCUGUGGAGCCGGCCUCGGCCUCUUCCUCAGAGUCAGAGAAAGUCAGGUGUUGUUUGUAGGAGGUAAAACAAAAGGCUGUUUCUAUCCUCCUCCGUAUCUGGACGACUACGGAGAGACGGACCAGGGCCUCAAGCGGGGGAACCCCCUCCAUCUCUGUUUGUUUAUUGAUUUGUUUGUUUGUUUGUGUCCCUACAGGCGGGGGAACCCCCUCCAUCUCUGUUCCGAUCGUUACAAGAAGAUUGAGCGUCUGUGGCGUCAGCACGGCGUUGCUGAGGUCAUUGGUCAUGCUCAGGAGGCCAAUCAGACGCUGGUCGCCAUCGACUGGCAGCACCUGUGAUGAUUGGUCCUCUCUGUGUUGGCCCCGCCUCCUCCUCUGAAGCCCAGUGUUGAUUGGUCCUCUCUGUGUUGGCCCCGCCUCCUCCUCUGAAGCCCAGCGUUGAUUGGUCUUCUCUGUGUUGGCCCCACCUCCUCCUCUGAAGACCUGGUCCUUGUUCCACUCCAUCACUGACUCCGCCCCCUUUCUCCUGCUCACACAGACAGGAAGUUAAGAAUGUUUAUUUUAGAUCGUUUUUUUAUUCAUUUUUUUCAGAUUUGCGUUUGUUUUGAUUUUUUGACAAAAUAAAAACUUUACCAAAGUGAAGCCCCGCCCACCCACUGCUGUCACUCACAGGUUGAUUGACUGGUUACUUUUAUUUCAUCUAAAUCCUCCUUUCAGAUCGUGUUGCAUGAUGGGGAAAAAAGUACCCUGAUUUUAGACUGAAAGUAAAUACGACUCCCAGAUGCAUUUCAUCAACAAACUAAAGAUAACUCAGCAGCUGAGGCUCCUGGGUAAUGUAGUAGUUGGAGACAGAA